CUAACGCCCACAGUGAAAAUCGAUAAGAAAAGUAUUAUCCGUCGUUAAUGAAAACAACUUUAAUGGCGGACGAGUAGAAGAUACAAAUGGCGGAACAGCAAUUUAAACUCAAGUUUGAUGGGGCAAAUGCGAAAGCAGUAGACGAGUAUUUAGAGUACUCAAGGAUUGUGGGUGAUGACGAUGGAGGAGAACUGUUCACACCGCAGCAGUAUGAGGAAUAUAAGAAAAAAGUCCUACCGAUGAGAAUGAAGAACCGUCUUUAUACCUGUUGGACCGGACCCACAGGAAUGGACUGUAAACUGGUUGGACCCGAAACACCCUGCUUCUGCAAACAUAGGUACAAGCAACACAAAACUGACUUUGAGGUUAUACCUACAGAAAGACCAAUUCUUCUCCCGUGUCGCCAGAAGGGGUGCAAGUGUGUCUCUUACAAUUACAUCCCCAUGAACGGGGGUCAACCCAUCAGAUGCACGUGCAAACACACAUCAGAGGAACAUUUCGAGUUCGAACCCUUCCUCUGCAAGCGCAGAGGUUGCACGAAAUGUGCUGGCUUUAAGAGUUCCUUUACCUGUGGGUGUAUGGCUCCCGUAAAGGACCAUAAAAUGAUUGUAGAGACGGCCGAGGAGAGGGAGGCGCGAGGUCACCCCCUGGGCGAGUCAACACCCUAUGCUGCCAUGGGAGGGAUAACAGGGUUUUCCUCAUUGGCUGACGGAUACCAACGGUUAGAUCCCAGUGGGAAGGGUGCACCAAACAAAGGUUUCUUGGAGCAGUCGAUAACAUCUAAUGACAACCCAUUUUUGCGGUCCAAUGUCCAGGCCAUUAAAGCUCAUCAAAUGAAAAAAGAAGGCAAAGGUUUAACAAACCCAGAUGACGAAAUGUUUGAUGACAUCACGGAGCGUGUUUCUCAGAUGAGACGACCAGGAGAAGACGACAUGGCGUACUAUGAAAGACGUUACAACGAAAGGCAACAACUUGUCCCAAGCAACAGCAAUACACAAGGGUUGGACCACAAUUCCCUCCGUCCCGGAAGUCGAAGAGCCAUCGAGGAUAAGCCUGGAUCUGGACGCAGACCAGCGUCAAGACCGACAUCAAAGAAGUGAAAAUAGACACAUCACAAACAAUUAAUAAAUGUAAUAUCUGAGUGCACAUACUAUACUUAUGUGUAAUUAUGAUAUACUUGUGUUAGUGUUAUGUCAAGGAAGAAUAUACUCUUUUUAACACUG